AUGAAGCAGCCGCUGAUCUACACACAGAACCCGCACGCUCCUAUGAUGCAUCAAAACCACCCCUUUGAUGCUACUAUCUCUACAAGCAUGGCCGCUCAGCCUGCUUCGUCCUCGAUAGACCAGACGACAGCUAAUAACAUGCAAAUGGUUAUGCUCGAAUCAAAACAAGUCAGGCUGGAUAAAUUCAUGUGGGAUAAGGAAGGGUCUGGAUUCUUCGGCGUUGAAGGUCAUCGUGAUGGGGCAAAAUAUAUACAUUUGUGUUACUGGGUCAUAAUUGCGGAGGAUGCCGUGGAGAAUGACUUGCGAAGUCAAGUGAUGCAGGUGUCCUCCAAGCUAGACCAGGUGCAGCAAAAGGUAGAGGUGCUCGCAUCCAGAGACACCCCGUUUGGAACUGGAAACAGCCGAGUGUCUAUGGAAGCGGCAGUCCUCAUGCAGAAAAUACACCGAGUGGUGCAGGAGAAUGAGCGUCUGAAGAAAGAAUCGGAUGAGGCGAGGGCGACGGUGGACUGCCAGACGGAGAAGAAAGCCAGUCUGCUGGCUCAGAACCAGAAGUACCUCGAGCAGAGCAACAUCAUGCUCGAACAGAGAAACGAGUCCUUUCAGAGUGUGUCCUCGGCUAGUCAGAUCAAAAUUACCCAGCUGGAACAGGAAAAGACUCAGAUUCUGAACGAGUUGAACUCGCUGAACAACAAAGUGGCCGAACUGCAGUUCGACCUGUCCACUCACAAGCAGCGCCAGCUGGACUUCAAGGCCCAAGUGAACGAAGAGGCACUGGGCAAGAACCAGAUGAGAGAGGAUCUGGACACCUUUGGGAACAGAAUCACAGAACUGGAGGAGGACGUUGCGAAGCUGAUGCAGGCCUACCGGGAGCAGAGAGCGGCCAGAAAGGCGGCAGAGUCCAAGAUCACAGAGCUGGAGGAACAAGUCACUGGACUCGACUGCCGAAGUGGACCCCAGCCCAGUCAUACCCGCCCUUACAAAUCAAGAGACUACGGGGUUCAAGGUCAAGAGACUGAGGUGUAUGACUGUAACCAAGUGCUGUACCGUCGCUCGGGUCAGGGAUACGAUUCACACUGUGGGAUACGCCCCCAUGUGUUGAAGGCGGUUGUACCUGCCCUUACAAAUCAAGAGACUACGGGGUUCAAGGUCAAGAGACUGAGGGGAAGCUGCCGCAUGUAA